AUGUCACCUAACCCAAAUUUCCUUCGUUUUCCUCACUCCAACAUUGACUUAUCCCACGUUCCCAAAUGGAACACAUUCGUCCCCUACAUCUCUACCAAACCCCAAACCCACUCUUCCCUCACCCAACCGGGUCGCUUCCAACCAUUCCGCGUCAUCGCCCCUAAAGCUCGGUGCCAGCUCCGUCCCCUGUUCGCGAAACGGGUGGGGGUUUUGGCAUCAAUUCUACCCGGAGGACGCUGGUGGGCCUUGCCGGAGCUCCGAGAAGACGGCUCGGAGCCAACGGCAGCGGUAAUCGCUCUGAGGCGAAUGUGGGAGUUGGUCGCCGAUGAGCGACGGGUCGCGUUUGUGGCGGUUGGGUCCCUUGUAAUUGCUGCUGUGAUUCUUACUGUUAUAUGUAGACUCGUUCUCAGGGGUGUUAACGAGUUGAAAACUUUGAUGGAUCAACUUUCAGAAAUCUCCAUGCCAAGUAUAUUGGCAGCAUCAAUAUUUUCAGCACAGAGUGGUGAGACUGUGGCAUUCUCUAGAAAUGCACUGUUUUUGCUUCUUCUUUGUUUAACUUCAGGGACAUGCAGUAUUAAGACUGAGUGGGCCAUAAUUUUGUUCUCCCAUUUGAAUUUCAGUGGCCUACGGAGCGGCUGCUUUGGAAUUUUGAAUGUAACCUUGGUGAAGCGUCUAAGAGAAAAUUUAUAUACAGCCAUUCUUUUCCAGGAUGUCUCCUAUUUUGAUAAAGAAAGAGUUGGUGACUUGACAAGCAGGCUUGCAGCAGAUUGUCAACGACUAUCCCAUGUAGUAGGAAAUGAUCUUCAGCUGAUAUUACGCAACACUUGUCAGGGAGCUGGAGCAAUACUUAAUUUGAUGGCUUUAUCUUGGCCUUUAGCUUUAUCUGCCUUGGUGAUAUGUUCUAUUUUAUCUGCAAUUUUCCUGGUUUAUGGCCAGUAUCAAAGAAAGGCAGCAAAGCUAAUCCAAGAUUUCACAGCUUGUGCAAAUGACGUUGCUCAGGAGACACUAUAUUCAAUAAGAACUGUCCGUGCUUAUGGAACAGAAAAAAGAGAAUUUGAAAGGUACAGGCAAUGGCUGCAGACCUUAGCAUUUAUAAAUGUUCGAGAGAAUGUGGCUUCUGGGUUUUGGAACCUGAUAUUUAACACCUUAUACCGUUCUACUCAGAUAUUUGCAGUGUUGUUGGUAGGUAUGUCCGUUCUCAGAUGUCGUGUAACUGUGGAACAACUUACCAAGUAUGUACUAUACUGUGAGUGGUUGAUUUAUGCAACUUGGAGGGUGACAAACAGCUUAACAUCAUUACUGCAGUCCAUUGGAGCAUCUGAACAAAUAUUCCAAUUGAUGAAUCUUUUGCCCAGUGAUCAAUUCAUAGCCAAAGGCAAGGGUUUGUUCGGAUCAGCUCAUCAGACUAAGCAUUUUGAUACCCCUAUUCUCACCUACUGCAGGAGUGAAGUUACCGAGGUUGGUAGGGCAUAUUCAGUUUGCAAAUGUAUCAUUUCAUUAUCCUGCAAGGAGUAUGCAAAAGGAUUGAAGAUAUGGAUUAGUGAUGGAGUCAACCUCCAUUACCUCAAAACGGCUCCAUGUCACCCAUCAAAGAUUCUUAUUACAUGGCAUGCUCUCAAUGAUGAAACACUUUCAGUCAAAUUUGAUAUCUACGGACCGUAA